UCAGCGCCAGUUCUACAGAGGAAAAAUGUCUGGUGUUUAAUGAGGAAGUUGCUGCGACAUUUUAGCAAGAAGCUGCUAUGGUUUCUUGUGUACUGAGUGAGUUUCUGUUGUGUUGCUUUGGGAACAGAGGAAAUUUCCUUUUCAGCUUUUAAAAGUUACACCUUCCUAUCAGAAGUUGAAGUUACCAAGCAACUAUGCAGUGUACGAGAAGUACUUCCAUCAGUUGGAGUCUGGGAGCUCUGGUAAAGUUUUAUCUUCAGAUGCUGCUCUUUUCUUGAAGAGGUCAGGCCUAGCUGACCUGGUGCUGGGGAAGAUUUGGGAUUUGGCAGAUACAGAUAGCAAAGGAUAUUUAAAUAAACAGGAGUUUUUUGUAGCCCUUCAGCUGGUGGCAUGUGCACAGAAUGGAAUGGAAGUCUCUCUUGGUAGUCUAAAAGCUGUGGUUCCCCCUCCCAGAUUUCAUGAUUCAGCAAGCCCAUCCUUGGUUGGAACUGCAGUAACUACAGACAUACCAUGGGCUGUCAAGCCAGAUGAAAAGGCCAAAUAUGAUGCCAUAUUUGACAGUUUAAACCCAGUAAAUGGAUUCCUGUCUGGUGAUAAAGUUAAACCUGUGUUGCUUAAUUCAAAACUCUCUGUGGAUAUUCUGGGAAGAGUUUGGGAGUUAAGUGAUAUUGACCACGAUGGUUUAUUAGACAGAGAUGAGUUUGCUGUUGCAAUGUUUCUUGUGUACUCUGCUCUUGAGAAUGAACCAGUUCCCAUAUCAUUACCUCCUACUUUGGUACCACAAUCCAAAAGGAAAAUGUCAAUUUCUUCUGCAUCUUUACCAAUCAUUCCUACCUUACCUAUGCCACCUUCAAAAGAGCCACGUCAAUCGUUGCCACCAGUUGGAAUUUUGCCUACAAAGAUGCCAGUGACCCAGUGGGUCGUGUCACAUGCAGAAAAGACAAAAUGUGAUGAACUCUUUACCAAGCUAGAUAAGGAUAUGGAUGGCCUGCUGUCUGGACUGGAAGUCCGGGAGAUCUUCCUGAAGACUGGAUUGCCUUCAGCAUUGCUAGCUCAUAUAUGGACUCUUUGUGACACAAAAGAUUGUGGGAAACUAUCCAAAGAACAAUUUGCUUUGGCUUUUCAUUUUAUCAAUCAGAAGAUUGUUAAGGGUGUAGACCCUCCUCGUGUUCUCUCUCCUGAAAUGAUACCUCCAUCUGAAAGGAAUGCUGCUCCUAAGAUUCCUUCUGCUUCUAGCCCUGUUGCUGAUUUCUCUGCCAUCAAAGAAUUGGAUUCUGUAAAUAAUGAGAUUGUGGAAUUGCAGAGGGAAAAAACAAGCGUUGUGAAGGAACUGAGUGAGAAGGAGGAUGCAGUUAAAUCCAGAACGAGCGAGGUUCAGGACCUUCAAGAUGAGGUGGAGCGUGAGACCAUUAACCUGCAGAACUUAAAGUCUCAAAAGCAGGAAGUGCAAGACAUUCUGACUGAACUGGAUGAACAGAAAGCAAAAUUGGAAAGUCAACUACAUGAGCUGCGACUAAAGUGUACAGAAGAGACUCAGAUGAUUGCGUCAUUAAAGCUGGAAAUAACUACUCAAGAAACACAAAUUUCCAGUUAUGAAGAUGAGCUGAGCAAGGCAAAGUCAGAGCUGAACCAGCUCCAAGAGGAAGCAAUUCUAUUAGAAGAGAAUCUGGAAGCUGGGAAGCAGAGGCUGGCACCUCUGGAGCAGGAGCUGCAGGAAUCCCAGUUGGAAAUAUGCUCUGUUCAGGCAAAGCUGGAAGAAAUGAAAGCUUCAGAGAAUAAUGUAGAGCAGCUUAACUGGUGCCAUCACCUGGUAAAUGGUAUUGGAGAUCACUCCAGUCUAAGUAACAGCAGCAGUGAACCUACAAAUCUGCAUGAGAAUACAGGGAGUGACAGCCCAAGUCAGCUAGAUCACCAGAGCCGUAGCUCUCCUGUUGGGAGCAGUCCUGAAAUAAAUCAGACUUCUGGGAGUGAUGGGGAAGAAAAAGAUGAAACUGCAAAUGUACCAGUUGCUGAAAAGGAGGCGGUCACUUUUCAGGUUGAUCCCUAUGAUGUGAAUCCAGUUGCUCCCCCUGCUGCUCCUGUUCACGAUCCCGGAUUGGAUUUUUUUCAGAGUGAUCCUUUUGUGGGCAGCGAUCCAUUUAAAGAUGAUCCAUUUGGAAAAAUAGAUCCAUUUGGUGGGGAUCCAUUCAAAGAUUCCGAUCCAUUCGCUGCUGAUGUCUUUUUUAAACAGUCUUCUACAGAUCUUUUUGCAUCCUCUAAAGUGGAUCCUUCUAAAGAAGAUCUUUUCUCUGUGUCCAAAGCAGAUUCUUUUACGUCCUCAAUUGCAGACCCCUUUGUGUACUCCAAUACAGAGUCUUUCAUCUCUUCAAAGGCUGAUCCUUUCCAGUCCUCCACUGCUGAUCCUUUCAAGGCCACUGACGAGGAUCCUUUCACAUGCUCCAAAGCUGAUCCUUUCUUAGCCACUGAAAGCACUUUUCCUUCUGAAGACACUUUGAAAAGUAAUGAUCCCUUUGCUCCUGGUGGAACAGUAGUGUCAGCUGUUGAGUCAGGUUCUGAAGAUCCAUUCGCUUCUUUCUUUGGUAGUGAGUCUUUUGGAACUGGAUUUGCAGAUUUUAGUUCACUUUCCAAGCAGACCAGCACAGAUAAUUUAGAUGGUACUUUACCAAUCAAAGACAAGGAGUCUUUAAACAAGAUUAUAUUUGAGGAUGACCCUACCCAGAAAGAAGAGGUUCCUCCUGCACUGCCCCCCAAAACUGGAACCCCUACACGUCCUUGUCCACUCCCACCAGGGAAGAUGCCUGCGUCUAAAACCACUGAAACUUCAAACUUGUUCCAGCAAGGUGAACCCUUUCAGCAGUUUAAUCAGAGCAUCUACAAAGAGACACUAUCUGAACCUUUAGAUGUCAGCAAAACAACCAGUGAUUCUGAAGGCCUUAAUAACUUUAGCACAUACCAGUCUGAAGAUUAUAUGAUUGAGUGGGCAAAGCGGGAGAGUGAGAAGGAAGAGGAGGAGAGACUGACGAGGUUGAAGCAGCAAGAGCAGGAGGAUUUGGAGCUUGCAAUAGCGCUCAGCAAAUCUGAGAUCUCUGAGGCGUGAAAGUGCGAACUACACACCGCAGUGGAACAUAACAAACCAGUCACCUUCUUCCUAAAUAUAUUUAAGAUACUUUUAAAAACCUGUCUGUGUUUAGACGUAUUUAACAUUACCUUUAACACUAGCUUUGCUAGAGGGCUCAAAAAAUAUGCCCUCUAGGCUUUUAUCUGUGAACGGGUAAUGUGUCAUGUGCUAAAGUUACCUAUGGGGUGAUUUGUGUCUAUUGACAAUGCUGCUCAGGCUUCAUUUUAUAGAAACGAGUAAAUCCAUCUUGUAUAGUGCCCUUAAGAGGUCACUAGCAUUGCGCUACCUCUAAAAGGAAGCAAGAGAAUUUAAAGCAAAAGGAACAGAGUCUGGCGUAGAUCUUUUUUUUUUUUUUUUAUGUUUAUACCAUCCUUGAGGCGAGGGGGUUUAUUGCCAAAGUGUGUGCCAGAUUUUUUCUUUUUGAUUGUAUCAUUUGCCUUGUAAAGUCUUACUUGUGUUUCUCUGAGAUUUAGUGCCUUGUGUUUCCUCCUUUUGCACACCAUUAGCCUAUUGAACUGAGUGGCCUUCCCCUCUGCCAUUGAAAGGAUUUACUCUGUGUUACAGGAUUCCGCACUUCUUUUGCUUAAAUUGUCAGCUUCCUUGUGCCAAAUCCUACUCACCUGACACCUACUAACAGUAUGGAGCUGCCAUCAGACCUGUACUUUUGUUACCCUAUUUCUGAAGCAAUAUUCAGUGUUAGGAUAUAGAGCACCUAAUCGGCUGGAAUUUCAUGCUGCAUGCUGUCUGUUAUAGAUCCUCUACACAUUGCCUGCAAUUAUGGCACAUCGUAUUCUUAAGGGUGUAGCUAAAGAUAUAUGGUUCCUGUGUGUGCAUAUAUAAUGUGUGUGUGUGUGUUUGAGAGAGGUGUGUUUAGCUAAGGAAUAUCUAUACGGUAUUCGUUUGAUAAGUGUGACUGUAUAUGAUGUGCACAUCUGUGGAUAUAUUUAUGUCUAUGCCACUUUAUUCCUUAGCCCUAUCAUCAUAUAUGCAAGAGUAUUAUGCUUUGCUGCCCUUAAACUAUCACCUCUCAUCCACUGAGGGGAUUUCAUAAAAAGAAAAAAAAAGCUACAUAAAAUAUCUCCUCUGUUUGACCUUCUAAAGGUUCCUAAGAUGGGGCUAAACCCACUAGUUCUCCAACAGCAAUAAUCAUUUUCCCUAAAUUUAUGCUUAGGAUGCCUUGGCUUGAGGAAUACUUUGUAGAAAAGGUUCUGGUACAAAUAGUUGGAGACAUAUUGUGUCCAGCUCAAGUCUUUAGAACAAAGAUACACUUACUGACUGUCUGUGCUCAGACAUGCACAAACCUGGGGACUAAAGCUGAUCUCUUCCAGUGUAGAUUUCUCAAGUAUCAUAAGGUCUAUUUUGAUGCACAGUAGGAGAAUGGGCAGUUUGGAAGCACUGUCCCACUACAUUAGUUAUGCUUCCCAACUCCAUCUCUUCUAUCCAGUGUUUGACAUUGGCUUUAAGAUGCCUUUUCUUGGUAGGUUGCAAAGUCUUUUCCAGUUUUUAAAGGAAUGUUCUUAAUACAGUGAUAGUUUCAUUUUUCUCCUGAUUGCCUAAAGCAGCUUUCCCUGCAGGGUUUGCUUUUGGGGUUUUUUUCUUGCUUUAAUUUUGCACUGAGUAACUGGUUAUUAGCAUGUUUGGAAUAUGACUUUCAUAUGCAUAUUCAAUGUUGUAGAAUGAGAACAAAGCACAUA